AUGGGUCUUUCAGAUGAUCCAGAACUUCAGCCUUUCCUCUUUGGACUAUUCCUAUCCAUGUACCUGGUCACCGUGCUGGGAAACCUGCUCAUCAUUCUGGCAGUCUCCUCUGACCCCCACCUUCACACCCCCAUGUACUUCUUCCUCUCCAACCUAUCUUUUGUGGACAUAGGUUUCAUCUCCACCACGGUCCCCAAGAUGAUGGUGAACAUCCAGUCUCACAGCAGAGUCAUCUCCUAUGCAGGCUGCCUGACACAGAUGUCAAUUUUUAUCCUCUUUGGAGGGAUGGAUUGUAUGCUUCUGUCUGUGAUGGCCUAUGACAGGUUUGUGGCCAUCUGUCACCCACUGUACUACCAGGUCAUCAUGAACCCAUGCACCUGUUGCAAAUUAAUUUCAGUGUCUUUUUUUGUUAGCCUUUUGAACUCCCAAGUGCAGAAUUUGAUUGUGUUACAACUUACCUGCUUCAAGGAUGUGAAAAUAUCUAAUUUCUUCUGUGACCCUUCUCAACUGCUCAACUUUACCUGUUCUGACAUGCUCACGAAUAAUAUAGUCAUGUAUUUUGUUGGUGCCAUUUUUGGUUUUAUUCCUUUCUCCGGAAUCUUUUUCUCUUACUGUAAAAUUCUUUUCUCCAUUCUGAGAGUUCACUCAUCAGGUGGGAAAUACAAAGCCUUCUCCACCUGUGGCUCUCACCUGGCAGUUGUUUGCUUAUUUUAUGGAACAGGUCUUGGUGUGUGCCUCAGUUCAGCCAUCUCACAAUCUCCCAGGAAGGAUGCAGUGGCCUCUGUGGUGUACACUGUGGUCACCCCCAUGCUGAACCCCUUCAUCUACAGUCUGAGGAACAAAGACAUCAAAAGGGCCAUGUGGAGGUUUCUCAGAAAAAUAAUCUAA